AUGUCAUCGUCAUCUUCUUCUGAACAAAAAUUACUUGAUAAGUUUAAUAAAGUGACUGAAAGUACGAUAAAUAGCCGUUAUUUUACUAGUAUAUUACAGCAAUUAAAGAGAGAGUUGUAUAAUAAGAAUUACAUAGAUGCAUUCAACGAAGAAGAAUUUUUGGAAGCGUAUCUAGCGAGAUAUGUACCAUCAAGGAGUAUAAUAUAUUAUAGAAUGUUCAAAGAAAUGAAUAUAAAAGAUAACGCUAAGAUUAUCAGUAUUGGUGGUGGUGCAGGUUCAGAAAUGGCUGGUUUACAACACUAUCUAGAGGACAAUGAUAUAAAAGGAGUUAAAUUAGAUAUCUUGGAUAUUGGUAAAUGGGAUAGAGUUAUAGAUAAAUUAGGAACUACGUUCAGGGAAAGUUUAGCUGUCGAUUUUUACAAUAAGGACGUUUUAAGCGACGAAAUAGAUUAUACGGGCUAUAAUAUGGUUACAUUAUUCUUCACAAUUUCUGAAUUACUCAUACAAUCAAAGAAAAUGACGUUUAAGUUGCUCGACAAUCUAAACAGCUGUCCAGUUGGUACUGAAUUUGUCGUCAUAGAGAGUUGCGCACUAUCUAAUGUUAUGAUAAACAACAAGGAAUAUUCAAUAAAGUUCUUAUUAGACUACAAUUUGAAUAAAAAAUGGCAAUUAAUCAACUACACACCCUCGAGAUGGUUUAGAUUAGAGGAGGAUUAUAAAUACCCUAUUAAAUUAGAGAAUAGUAGAUGUUUCAUUUGUAUUUAUAAGAAGAUUUCACCUUAA